AACUUGCCCGGUUUUUGCAGCCAGUGAACCCUCUCUAGCGGCCAGUGCGCGUACCCCACAUUGCGCAUGCGUUGCUGCACCGGGGGGGUGGGGGGUAAAAGGGUGAAGAAGGGGUGUCCGCUGUUAAAGGCGCUAUGUUAACCGCUAUGUCAGAGCGAGUUCAUAGCAGGCAGAAGAGGAAAACUAUGUGGUGUUGCGCGUCCGGUGGAGCGUUGCAUCGUCACAGCGGAUGAGCGUUAACGCCCUCAUUGCUUCUGUCGGCGUGCCUUAGCGGUGGGCUGACAGGGUUUGUUGUUUUCAAAUGCACGGGAUGGCACCAAAAGCAACGUGAACUUGGUUGCAGUUCUGAACAGAGUCGCUCCCCGCCGAUUUAACAUCAUCUGUCCGACAGCGCUGCUGGGAAAAUCCCAGACUGAUUACAUAGGAACAACUGAGGACCCAGCAUUUUGAAAUGAAAGAGGAAAAAGUAUGGUGGCCUAGGCUUCUCCCAGUACUCCUGUUCUUCGUCACCUUUGUCAUGUUCUACUGUUCAUAUGCCUUGAUUCAGAGCUAUGGAGGCACCAGCAAGUCUCCCAGCAGUAGCAAGUCGCUGUGUGGUGGCUGGCUAACCCAGAAGAAAUGGGAGAGCCUUAACUUUAACAUUAGCAGACGGACACAGCUCUUUAUGAAAAUGGAGGAUUUCUUUUGGCGGCAGCAUCUGUCAGAUCUGGCAUUACCUUAUGGCAUUAAGGGCAGCGAGCUGCUGCUACUGAAAGUGCUUGCUGUAACUGCAAAUUAUCACGUGCCAGCCAACAUCGAAAACCUUGAAUGCAGAACCUGUGUAGUCAUAGGUAAUGGCUUUGCCAUUAAAAACAGCUCCCUGGGAAGCAUCAUCAAUAAAUACGAUGUGGUCAUUCGGUUGAAUGAUGCCCCGGUAAGAGGCUAUGAGGAAGACGUGGGGAACAAGACCACCAUGAGGUUCUUCUACCCUGAGUCAGCGUUCUACAACCCUGGACUGGACAAUGAGCCUGACACCCUUAUGGUCCUGGUGCCUUUCAAACAGCAAGAUCUACGGUGGCUCAAAGAGAUCCUCUACAAUGAGAAGAGGGUACUGGAUGUCAGGAAAGGCUUUUGGAAGCCCCCUCCUCAAAUUUGGUUGGGUGACGCCAGUAAAGUUAGAGUGCUGGACCCACACUUCUUGCAUCAGACUGCAGUCAAGCUGCUAAAGAUCAAUUUUCACCCCAAGAGCAAACAGAUCCCAGUGCAUCCUACCACGGGUACACUUGCCAUCUUUGUUGCUCUCAACUACUGUGACGUGGUCCACGUUGCUGGAUUCGGAUACCCUCGCUCAAAGAGCCAACAGCAGCAGCCGAUCCAUUACUAUGGAUAUGCCACCAUGAAGUCUAUGAAGAAUUCUUACCACGACCUCAAUCAUGAAGCUGAAGCCUUAAAAAGACUGGAGGAUUCGGGAGCCAUUCUCUACCUGCAUCCACAUUUAUGAUACAGAUCCAUCUCCAUUUUUCGUGGGGUCAUCUGUCUCUGCUCUUAAUGUGCCUUCUGCGGUCGGAUAUGUGAAUUUUUCUGAACGUGACAAUCCUGGCACCUUAUGUAUGUUUUUUUUUUAAAGUGAAAAUAAUAGAGCGAUUUAACCGCUUUUCAAAUGUUUUUCUUUGGCGAUGCGGUUCAGCAUUUUUUUUAAAGAAUCUUCAACUCAGUAGAUAAAGAAAUGAAUUAAUAAAAUUCUGAAAUAGAAAAAAUGUUGGGCAUCAAUGCUAAGUGCUGUUUGUGAUAAGACAGCUGCAGCAAACUGGUUUCAUCAGUAGAUGUCCAGUCUUGGUGCUUGUUGUUUUUCGGUUCUUGUGAUGAACUGAGUUGAUGGAAUGAAAACAUCUGACAUGCGCAGUUUUCACUUUCUGGACUUUUCACGUAUAUCGUUAAGAUGUAAGCCCGAUGAGAGUGGUUCAUCGAUUUUAGAAUGAAAUUUGUUAAUUCUUUUGAACUCUGAUUCUUUAUCUUUAAAGUACAGAACUGUGUUCAAGUUAAUGUUUUUUUAAAAAUCAAAUGACAAUUUUGCUCAUUUGUUAUACUCUGACUACGGUGAUUGUUUCAGUAUUUAAUUUAUUUCCCUUUUUUUUUUUUCAGAUACAUAUGGUACCACUGGAUAUUUUGUAAUGUACAGAAUAAAAUACAUUUGUAAAUUAAAGGUGAUCAAAACUGAUCAUAAUGGAUUUUA